AUGCGGAAGAAGACUUUGUGGUGGGAUAUAUACAGAAGAAACACAAAAGAACUGGUGGGCAAGACACCAAGUGCUUUUGAGAAGAUUAUGAAGUGCGUUUCAGAAAAGGAGGUUGGAAUCAUAUGUGUUUAUGGGAUGUCUGGUUCGGAGAAUAUUGGAUCAACUGACGCAGCCAUUGAUGCCCUGCAGCAGGACAUCAAAAAGGAAUUCCAACUUGACCGCAAUGCCGGGAACAGAGCAGACACGUUGGAAAGUGAGUUGUGGAGGAGAAGAUUUCUGAUCGUUUUGGAUGAUAUGGGGAAAGAGUUGUCUCUCGAGCAUAUUGGGAUUCCAUGGCAAACAAACAAUGGCUCCAAGACGAAGAAGCACUCAAGUUGUUCGAGGUUGAAGCUGGCAUUGGAUUAUCAUACUCGAGCUGCCGCGGAAGACAUAGUACGUGAGUGUGAUGGUCUGCCCGUAGCGAUUGCUGGCCUGGCACAAACCUUAAAAGAAAUAAAGAAAUUUGAUCCUAACGAUGUCGAUGCCGAAUGGAAUGGAGCAUUUUAUAAGUUAAGAAAUUCUAUUGUUCUGUUGGAAAGAAUGAACAGGAAGGCAUUUGCUCGUCUGAAAUAUAGCUACUCUAUGUUGAAGAAAGAAGCUCAGCAGUGUUUCCUGUACUGUGCAUUAUACCCACCUGGUCAUUGCAUUGAAAAGAAAGAGUUAGUGGAGCAUUGGUUUUGGGAAGGUUUAUUGGGUAGCAGAAAAAGAAUUAAGGGGCAGCUGAUAGAAGAUAUGAUACAAGCAAGAGAGAUACUGGAUGAGAUCGAAAGAGCUUACCUUCUGGAAACAGUCAGUGAAGGUGGAAAUGAAUGCAUCAAGAUGCGCAACUUCAUUAGGCAUAUGGCAGUCCAUCUGACCAAUACAAGAACUGAUCAUGAUCAGUUUCUCAUCAAAGCCGGGGAGAAGCUUACCGACUGCCCGCUGUUAGUGAAGAACUUGUCUAAAGUAGAGAGAGCCUCAUUGAUGAGAAGUUCUGUGUGGGGAUCAGAGAAAGGAGCAAGUAGUAUGUGGGGAUCAGAGAAAGCAUCUAGUAUUCAGGAGCUGGGAGCCCUUCAGCACUUAGCUAUUCUUCAAGUCAACUUCCUGGAUGCAAAAUCCUUCAAUACAUAUGUCAGUUAA